CACAGAAGGCUGUUAUUAAAGCUCCAACUCUGAGGCAGACUUCAUAAAUAGCAGCAGCAGCAACAGGAGGUACAAGGAGAAAGAACUAGUGACAUGAUGAAGAUGAGCAAGCUAUCCCACAAAAAUAUGAAAGUGACAGAACUAGAGGAGUUUCUGAGAAAACCACCGGCUGGUUUUUCUGUGGAGACUCUCAGCUCGGGUUACAGAGUCCACUACACCCAGGACAAGAAUCUGGUGCUCAUCGAUGACUUCCAGUCCUGCAUGGGGAACGUAGUUUUCCAGAACUCACUGGGAAGAAAAGUCAAAACGAACAAUCUCUGGGAGUACACCAGCUUCAGAAAGAAUCUGCUGUCCAAGACCAUCUAUCUGCUGGUGUCUGCCUGUGAGAGAAACUUAUCAGAGAACAGCAAAAAUGCAGCCGGCGAAGUCAGAGUGCUGAAGCAGUACGUGGUGUCCUUCGAUGGCAGUCAUCCCCUCAUCAAGUGGCACAUGGAGAAAGGCCUGGACUGGACUAUCUCCUCUGUGGCUGGGGAAAGCUACAGGGUGGAUAUUGACUUGACUGAGGAGCUGGAGAGCUGGGCAGUAAAAAACUUCACAACUAACAACCCGAUUAAAGUCAAACCGAUGUGGAAAGACGCCGGCUUCACUUUAAAAUACUAUUCCGAUGCCCUCUUUGACUUCCCACACUGGCUUGGCUUCAGCAAGAGAACAUUUAAGCUGAAACUGACAUGAGCCAGCUGUGGACGAAGAGCAAAGAAAAGUCAAGUUAAUCUGCUCAUUGUUUGGCAGAGACUGCGCCUACU